GAAGCACUCCUCACUGCAGCGGCCCAAACGCAGCCAGUGACUCAGCGCCAGCACGGGGCUGCAGUUUGUGGCUCCUUUUCCCAAACGAGCCAUGGAUCAGUUCCGCGAUUUAUUUGAUAAGCUGGACAAAAACCAGGAUGGCUUCGUGUCGGUGGCAGAGCUCCACGGUGAGAUGAGGAAACACGGGAUCCUCUCGGUGGAUGACAAGGUUCAGAGUAUUGUUGAUAGUUAUGAUCAAGACAAGGACGGCCGGUUGGAUUAUAAGGAGUUCCUCAGCUACAUGAUGGACCGAGAGAGGAAAUGGAAAAUUUGCUUUCAUGACCUUGACAAGAACAAGUGCGGGGUGAUUGACCAGGAGGAAAUCAUACAUUUGUUUAAGGAGUUAGGAGUGGUCAUAUCAAAGCCGAAUGCAAAAAGAAUAAUACAAAUGAUGGAUAAGGACAGUUCGAUGACGGUGGACUGGGGCGAAUUCCUGCAGCAUGUCAUCCUGAACCCUGCAGACAACAUAGGGGAGCUGGUGUCCUCGUGGAAACACAGUCUGGUUUUUGAUGUGGGUGAGAGCCGCACAAUGCCCAUCGAGUUCCCCGAGGAUGAGUCUGGCUCUGGGAUGUCGAGGUUUGUUGCGGCGGCAGGACUGGCAGACGCCGUGUCCCGAACUGUGACAGCACCCAUCGACCGCCUGAAGACCCAGCUACAGGUUCAUGGAUCCAAGGCGUUCUCCCAAGGCUUUCAGGAGCUGCGGGCGGGGGGAGUACGGGCCAUGUGGCAAGGCAACGCUGUUAACAUGCUGAAAGGAACGCCACAGUCCACACUGCAGUGUCUUAUCUACGCCCAGAUGAAGGUGUACAUGCAGAGCAGGACCCAGGACAGCCUGUCGGUGCAGCAGCGGUUCGGGCUGGGCUGUGUCUCUGGCGCUGCCGCCCACGCUGCCUUCUAUCCUUUAGAGGUGUUGAAGGUGAGGCUCAACCUGCAGCAGGCCGGCUCCUAUAAUGGGGUGAUGGAGUGUGCCCGCUCUAUUUAUAGAAAUGAGUCUUUAGCUUCCUUUUACAGGGGAUUCAAGCCCAGCAUUCUCUGUAUGAUCCCCUAUGCAGGUGUGGAGUGCGCGGUACAUCAGUCAAUCAUGACCUGGGCCAAGAACGAUCCGACUUACAACAGCGACACCAAGCUCUUUUUCUUCAGUUUUGUGGCCUUUGCCUCUGGACAGGUGACCAGUUACCCGCUGGCAGUGAUCAGGACUCAACAGCAGGCGCAGGCUUUCUGCUCAGUUUCAACUCCAACCUCAAGUGUGCUACAAGGACUUAUUGGAAUCUAUGCGAGACAUGGAGUUCGAGGAUAUUAUAAUGGAAUGGGAGCCAGUUUUGUGCGGGCCGUCCCGUGUGCCCUGCUUAACUACACUUUAACCACAAAGCUAGAAAAUCUAUUCUCCUCAACUUAGUCUUUAACUUGGCAAAAUAGUUUUCUUUGCACUAGAUAACAUCUUAUGCUGAACUAUUGCCUUUUAAAAAAGUUUUUCAGGGAUGCAAUCAGGGAACUAAAAGAAAAGGGAAAAAUAGGAAAACUGUGAUGUGUGUGUCCGAGAAUAACUGAAAUCCUGAAAGUCUGAAAUAAUUUAUUGAAUUGCAGUGAUCUUCAGGGGACACAGACUUCUUAAUACCUCUAUGGCUACACGCUGUUGAAAGCCUGUAGUUUAUGUAAUAGUUCACCACUGAAAAAAUGCAUGGGAGGACCUGAAUGCAACACGCUGAUGAGUUGUGAGAAAUGAAUUUGUUUGCCUGGUUGACCUGAAAGACGCCAC